GACGGCCCGCCCACUGAGCUCCGCCCACUGAGUGCCUUCAGACAUUUUGCUGUAAUAUGUUGAAACGCGUCUUGAAAUCAUCGAUAAUCCGAUCCGGAUUUCUGCUCCGAUCUGCUGAUCCGCCACGUGUGCAGUUCUCCAUUGGUCCCCAGCAGAAACAUGGAACCUUCUAUGAGUUCCGCACUUACAACAUCCGCCCGGACCAGAACGCUGCCUUCUUCAGACUGACCAAUGAGAAGAUUCAUCUACGCACCGCCCACUCUGAGCUGCUUGGCUAUUGGAGCGUUGAGUAUGGCGGUCUGAACCAGGCUUUCCACAUCUGGAAAUAUGACAGUUAUGCUCAGCGGGCAGCCGUCCGCGCGGCACUGUCGCAGGAUCCCGCCUGGAUGUCGGAGUACAUUUCUAAAGUCCUGCCCAUGUUGACGGCUCAGGACAAUGAGGUCGCCUACAUGGUUCCCUGGUGUGACCUGCAGCGACCCCCACAGGAUGGCGGGGUCUAUGAGUUGGUAUCCUAUCAGAUGCGUCCUGGUGGUCCAGCAGUUUGGGGAAAAGCCUUCCAGGCUUCCGUCACCUCCCAUGAUGCACCGGGGUACUGUCACCUGGUGGCAGUUUUCCACAACGAGUUUGGCCUCCUAAACAGAGUUCACACCCUCUGGUGGUUCCAGAGCGCAGAUCACCGAGCUGAAAGUCGCCGCAUGUCUCACACUGACGCCAGAGUGGUUGCUUCAGUCCGGGACAGCGUCCACUUCCUGGACUCUCAGAAGAAUAAACUGUUGCUCCCAUGUCCAUUUUCUCCUUUGAAAUGACGUCAUCAACCUCUGCUGGACAACGUGGUCUCCAUGGCAACAGCAUCAGACUGUGAUGAGCUGUAAUGGUGACUGACAGGAUUGAUGUGAGACUUUAUUCUGUCUCUGGCUUUGAUCUGGAUAUGAUGAUUAAAGUGAGAGUUUGAACUCUGA